AUGUCUAAGGGAGAGGUUGUUCUUUUGGAUUUCUGGGCAAGUCCAUUCUGCAUGAGAGUAAAAAUAGCAUUGGAGGAGAAAGGAGUGGAGUAUGAAGCUAGAGAAGAGCAUUUGUUUGCGGGAAAGAGUGAAUUGUUGCUGAAACCAAACCCCGUUUACCAAAAAGUCCCAGUAUUUUUGCACCAUGGGAAACCUUUGUAUGACUCCAUUACCAUUAUUUCCUACAUUGAUGAGGUCUGGCCUUCACCUCCACUCCUCCCAGCUUCUGCAUAUGGCCGAGCUCAAGCCCGCUUGUGGGCUGAUUUUAUCGACGAAAAGGUAUUGGUUGCAGGCAACAUUUGGAGAAGCAAAGGUGAAGUUGCAGAGAGAGCAAAGAAUGAGUUCAUAGAUUUACUGAAGCAACUAGAGGGAGGCCUAGGGGAGAAGGAAUACUUUGGUGGUGAUUCUUUUGGAUUUGUUGACAUUAUAGUCAUUUCUCUAGCCAGCUGGUUCUAUGCCUUUGAGAAAUUUGGAUGGUUCAAGGUUGAAGAAGAGUGCCCAAAACUCUCAGCUUGGAUGAACAAGUGCAUGCAAAGAGAAAGUGUUGCUAAAGUUAUCCCAGACGCUGAAAAGGUGUAUGAAUAUGCCAUCAUGAUGAGGAAAUUACGAGGCAUUGAGUGA